AUGCCUGCACCACAGUCUACACCGCUCUCACCUCCACCACAAGACGCAGCAUCGGUGCCUGGCUCAAGCAAGUCUCCGCUACCACCUGUCUCACCCGCCUCUUCAUCCAACAACAUUCUCCACCAAGUCGGCUCCAGACAGGGCACGCGCACACGCACGCGCACCCGUCGAAAUAUGUCGUCCUCCGCCUCGGGCUCCCACCGUACUCCGCGAUACACCAACGACGACCAUCCCAUGGCUCCUCACAAUCUUGCCGCUCGCGGCUACCACGCGUUCCGCUGCCUCGGCGUCCCCUUUCACGUCAAGCAGCGUUAUACUUUUGUUCGUGAGCUUGGUAUUGGUGCUUACGGUUGCGUAGCCCUCUGUCGUGACGAGGUCUUGGAAUGCAACGUUGCCAUCAAAAAGGUGACUCGCAUCUUUGAAAAGGAUGUUCUUGCACGCAGAGCUCUCCGCGAAGUCGCGCUUCUCCGUCACAUUGGCAUGUGCGACAACGUCACCGCCCUCCUCGACUUUGACACCGCCUUUAUCGACUUUUCCGAAAUCUACCUCGUCCUUUCCGCUAGCGAAGCCGAUCUUUCCCAGAUCAUCCGCUCCGGUCAGGCUCUCUCGGAUGCGCAUCACCAGUACUUUAUGGCGCAGAUUCUCCGAGGCGUGCGCUACAUGCAUUCGGCCAAGGUCAUCCAUCGCGAUCUCAAGCCGAGCAAUCUUCUCGUCAAUGGCGACUGCGCGCUCCGCAUCUGCGAUCUCGGUCUAGCCCGCGCCUACGCCGACGCUGACCAGUUCCUCGCUGCACCCGCCUCUAGCAAUGAUGAUGCCGAGUCCAAGCCAAGUUUCACCACCACCACCACCACCACCACCGCUGACUCCGAGUCAACCCAAGUGCAACCACCUCGUUCCGCACGCUCGCCUUCGCCCGCCUCCGAUCUCCAUGUACAGCUCUACCGAACCGACUCCAAGGGCAAGCAGAAGCGUCUCAACUAUCCAGGCGGCCCUCUCACCGGUUACGUCGCAACACGAUGGUAUCGCGCCCCCGAGGUCAUGCUCUGCUUCCGUGAGGGCUACGGCCCCGAGAUGGACAUGUGGUCCGUUGGCUGCAUCCUUGCCGAGCUCAUUGCAGGCGCACCCAUCUUUGGUGGCAAGGACUACGUCGAUCAGAUCGCCCGUAUCAACAACGUCCUCGGCUCGCCCUCUGAAGCUGUCCUCGACAAGAUCGGUUCCGAGCGCGCAAAGACCUACAUCAAGUCUCUCCCCAACAUGCCUGCCGUGCCUCUCGAGAAGCUUUACCCCAAUGCCAACCCGGAAGCGCUCGAUCUGGUUGCCAAACUGCUCACCUGGGACCCUGAUCAACGAUUGACGGCUGAGCAGGCGCUUCGCCAUCCUUGGCUCAAGGCUUACCACGAGUCCAAUUCGCGCUGGCAACCACCGCAGCCGUUCGACCAAUUCACCGAAGUCGAGUUCAUCCACUCGCUCCGUCAGUUCAAGUCGAGCUUGCAGCGUGAGGCUGACGAGAUGCGCCUCGAGCUCGAGGAGCUCGAACGCCAAGAAUGGGAGCAUCUCGGCGACGCCGGCGCGUCCAACGGCGACGGCGUCGAUGCGACCAACAGCCAUGGCCAUCACCACGGAGCGCAUCACGAUAGCCAACAGCCAUCCUUGCCGCCGUCCAACGGCACCAAUGGCCACAUGGAUGACACCAAUCGUGAUGCCAACAAGCAAUCCCAACACGACUCGGGAAACGUCCAGGGGGCAGAUGACGUUGUCGACCACCCAGCGCAACAAGAGCGCCCAACUGUCGAUGCCGAUGCCCCGCACUCUGACCUUUCCUCUCGCAAUCUUGCCCAAGUCGACCGUGCGGCAGAUGCUGACGCAGAUAUCGACGCCGAGGCGACCGAUAUCGAUGCACUUUCCUGCAGCGCAUCUACACAAUCUGGCCACUUGCCUGCCGACACCGCCUCGUCUAGCUCCUCGAUCCACACUCCUUCCUCCACGUCUGGUGCCAGCGCCGACGAGGCCGAACCAGCCUCGCCUCGUAUGUACGAGGCGUGCCGCAUGUCGACCGCGCUCAAGAGCCGUGCCGAGCACCUCGAGGAAGGCCAAGCGCUGCGCAAGCCGCCUUCGUUUUUUCGGCUCGGGCAUGAAGUGGAAGGACGCACGUUGGGCUCUCUGACCUCCUUUGCGGAUGGCGAGCAGCACAACGUCGCUUUCAUGCCCCAACAAGUCCUCACCGUGGCACGUGGCCUGGUCGAAAACCAAUUCACAGCAGCUGCUGCCAUGUGUGAAGCGACGCUCCUUCCCAGUCUUGUUCCUUCUUCUUCUUCUUCUUCUGCGUCCAACAAAGACUCUAGACAAUCUGCACAAGAAUUUCCAAGUGCAUCAAGGAGCAGCAACAUGACAACGUUUGCGCUUGCCAAAUCCGGUUCGGCGUCGAGCAACGGUGCAUCGCGUGUUGGCUCAACACGAGCAGCAUCGUCUACAUGCUCAGCAGGUGCACGAAGCGCUGGUGCGGCGAGCACUCCAUCGCUGGCGCAGAGUCUAUUAAAUGACAUGCUAUUCGCACCUGCCGAAGGAUCGUUGAGCGGUCUGAAAAGCGCCAACGCGCAACGACACGGUAAACAGCUGGUUGUGCUGCAGGACUCGAUCGUGCAAUCCUCGACCGGUCUGAUGCGCGAUCUGAUCCGCCGCUCUGUACAGCGCAACCACGCUGUGCUACUCGUUGCUGCUCGUCGUCAACCCCGAACGUACCUCGACGGCAUCUGCAUUGGUGCCGUUCGUGUUGCCAUCCUCGAUGCCACUACCCUGGGCAAUACAUUUGCUGCUGACGAGGAGGCGGUCAAGUCGACUCAAGAGCUGAUCGAAUGCAUCAGUGCUAGUCUCUCGGAGUUGAAUGCCAGCGCCAGCAAGACGACGGUGGUCAUUGACUCGCUCAAUGCGAUUGCGCACGCGGCAGCAGAUCACGGAGGAGUGCGAAUGGCCAGCAUACUUGUGCGUGAGACGUUGAGUCUUGUGGGCGCCUCGUCGCGUCUUGUCGUUGGGCUGCAGAUGGGAGGCGUAGAAGCGUCGACAAGCGCAGGCUUACUGUCGAGCCUACACUCACCCUUGAUCUGGGGUUCUUGCGCUGCAUCCACGAUUCCGGCAGCGGCAGGCGGAACCGUGCUUUCCGCAACAAUCCACUCGCCUGCGCUUCUGCGUCACCUUGUCAAGCAGUAUGGUCUCAAGCCGCCUAGCACGAGCACCAGCGUCAGGCGAGCCUUGGGGUUCGAUGAUGGCGAUGACGACGGCGAACAAGUGGAUGCUAGGUUCUGGGAUGUGUUGAGGAAUGUGGCCAGCAGAGGCCCCAUGGGUGUUGCAAGCUUCGAAGCAGGAGGUGGAACGAUAGGGUGGUGGAGCGACGAGAGCUGUGCAUUUGAAACGCUCAGUAUCGUUGGCAACGAGGGCAGCAACGGGACUGAACAAAGGCAGAGCCAGAGCCAGAGCCAGAGUCAGAGCCACAGUGCGGAGCCGUUGGCGGCGGAGAUCACCAUGGCAGAUCUGCUCAAUGCUCAUCGCGGAGGGUAUGCUGUGUUGGAGGUGCACUACCAAGCGAGGAACGGCAAGAAGCACGAGGAGCUAGUUGGGCUGGUCACCAUGCCAUCCGAUGCGACGCUUGAACUUGUUCCAUUGUGCAUGGCGGAGCCGAGUUGUGUUACUGCGUCCAGCGACGUCUCUACUUUGACCUCGACGGGCACUGCGGCUGCACCAGCCUCGGCGGCUUGCAGCGGAGGAGCUGCGCACAGCUCCAUGAUCUCAACGCUGCCCUUUAAUCUGUCGGAAACCGUGGAUCAACGACAGAGGAGGGAAACCGUCGCCUUGCCGUACGCAUACCACCAGAACGCUCAGCAAGCAGAACGUGCAUUGAGAGGCACCACUGGCAACGCCAAGAUCUUUUUCGAGCCCGAAGACGAUGAUGACGAAGACGAUGAGGAUCCAGACGAUGAUCUGGAUCUGUAG